CAGCGCGCAGGCGCGCUGAGGGCGGAGGCGCAGGGAUUGGCUGCCGCGGGAGGCGGCGCGCGAUUGGUCGGUUCGAAGCGCUGCGCGGCGGCGCGAUGGCGGCGGAUUGUGAAGUGUCGCGCGCUUUGGCGGAGUGGCGGCUGCGGGACGUCCGUGAUGUGUGGGUGAGCACGGUCUGGGACCUGGAUUUCACAGACACAGAGCCGCUGGAUCCCCGCAUCGAGGAGGAGAUCACGGAGGAUGGGCUGGGCGCCUUCACUUCUCUGUACUGUGCGCUCACACCGUUUGCCACUGGGAAUGACAAGAGCAGAGGGAAUAUCUGGCGCUUGUUUGUUGAAAACAACCUCUCUCGUAACGCCCUUGUGGCUGUGUGGCACCACUUUGUCCAAGCAGGCCUGAAUAAACGAGCUAAUGCACAGCAGAGGGUUUAUGCUCUCCAUGCAGCUGGGUUGUACUUCUUACUGCUUGAAAUCCCAGGCAGUAUAGCUCAUCAGAUGUUUCAUGAUGUGAUGUUUGAUAAAUGUCUUCAAACCCUGACGAAAUGCUGGCUUCAGGGACAAAAUGUGAUGAGGAAGAGAAAGAAGAUGCAUGCUGAAAGCUCUCAGACCAAUGCAAGAAGAAAUAGAAGAAAAGGAAUGGCAAACAGGAAUGGCAACUCCAGUAUAUUUGAAGAGGAGGAGGAGGAAGAGGAUCUUGAGAAUGUGUACUUCUCAACAGAUGAUCUUCUUCAAGUUCGCAAAGCAACCUUUCUUCUUUUGAAAAACUUCUUAAGGUUUCUACCUAAGUUCUCCCUAAAAGAGAAACCUCAGUGCUUCCAGAACUGCCUGCAGACUUUUGUUGAAAUGACAAACUUUGAGCCAGUGCAACGUGAGUUUGAGUUUUCAGCAACAAUGAAUAUUACUCAUGCCAAGAACGUCCCUGAGCUGGCCUACCAUGGACUGUGGUUACUGUGUUCCCCUCUACACGGCACAGAAAAUGAGAUCCUUCGCUGUGUCUUCCAACGGAUCCUCAGUGUCAUUCUUAUGGUGGAAGGUGGUGCAGGUUCCAGGCACGCAGUCCUUGCAAUCACAUCAGCUGUGAUCAGUGCCAGGAAUCAGGCUGUAAAAUUCAUCAGUUCAAUAGUAGAGGAGCUGAAGGAAGUCGCCUUUCCUGUUCUUCGAAUAUUACUGCAGCAUAUCUGCACCAAGGUCCCGGAUAAGGCUGAGUAUCGCACGUAUGCUGCACAGGCCUUGGUGAACUUGCUGAAUAAACUCCCAUGUACAGAGUUUGCUGAUUUCAUUGCUUGGCUUUAUAAAUACUCGCUCCACACAAAAAUUUCCUACCGAGUGUUUGCACUGGAUGUAGCUUUAGCUUUGUUGGAUGUGCCAGAGAGGAACUUGGACUCCUCCUUGUCGCUGGAUCGCCAGAAGUUUCUGGAGCACAAGUUCUUAGUCCAGGUCAUGGUGUUCGGGCGGUGUUCAGACAGAGCACCCGUAGUUCGUAGCAAAGCUCUGAGCUGUUUUGCCCACUGUCUGGAAAUGAAAGCUGCUGCUACUUUGGAUAGUAUCCAGGACUUGUUGCAAAGCUGUGACCAUGCACACUUGGAAGCAAACACAAACAGUGUGAGUUUGCUCAGUGAAGAAGCUACGUCCAACCAUCCACUGAAGACCCUGCCAACUUUCAGAACCAUUGAGCUGCCGAGCAGCAGCGAUGCUCCCGUGCUUGAUGGAAAGAAAAUCAUGGCCAUGCUGAGACUGAGAGCUGGGGAUGAGAAAACCACUGUGAGGAAAUCUGCUCUCCAGGUUUUCACGAACCUCCUGAAGCACAAAGCAAUCCCUUGCACUGCAGAAGAUCUGUCCACUCUUCAGGAUCGCUGCCGGGACCCCGCUGUCUCCGUGCGGAAGCAGGCCUUGCAGUCUGUAACAGAGCUCCUCGAGUCCCAGCACGAUGACGUCCUGGUGCGCAAGGCGUGGUUGACUGGAGUUGUGCCUGUUGUGAUGGACUCCGAAAGUUCUGUUCAAGAAAAGGCCUUGGAAUGCCUUGAUCAGAUCCUGUUGCAACACAUAAAGCAUUACAACAAAUUCAGGAGGGAAGAUGAAAAGCAGGUGCUGGCAUGGGAUCUUCUUACGCUGCUGACUUCGGGGAGCCAGGAGCUGAGCUGUUACAUGAACAAAGCUUUUCAUAUCUGGUCCCGGCAGAAUAAGUUCUCCUCUACUUUCAUCAAUAACGUGAUGUCUCAUGUGGAAACAGAGCAUGCUGUACCAGCUUGGAUGUUGCUUGCUAAGGUGGCAAGUUCUUCACCCAAGCUGGAUUACUCCAAGGUCAUCGAAUCCUGGUACACUGUCAGCAGGCAACAGAACACGAGCAGUGAUACUACAGGGCAUAUACUGUCUGUCAUCAGUCAUGUUGCAAAGCAUCUCCCUAGAAGCACCUGUGAGAGGCUGAUUGAUAACAUCAAGCACUGGCUGAAGGAGUUUCAGUGUCCCCUGGAGGUGAUUAGCCCAGCUGUAGAAACUCUGCAGAAACUCUGCUGUGCGUACGCGGGCAUCCCAAAGAAGACACAGGAACUGCUCAACCAAGUGUUUUGUGAUUUAAUAUCCACUUGCGAAAGUUAUAUUUCGAAUAUAGUUCUCAAAGAGGAUGGAGCAGAGCAACUACAAGAAGAUCUCUUGGUGAGACACCUCUUUCUCUUGGGUGAGGCUGCACAGCUGUGUCCUGCCAAAGUGGAGAAACGCAUCUUUCUUUUGAUCCAGUCCAUUCUGGCUUCUUCUGAACAACUGUCCAGUCCUCUUGAUGGUGAGGAAAUCCCAGCUUCUCAGCCGCUGUCCCAGUUCAGAGGAUCAGCCAUGCCUCCAGUGAUCAGAGCUCAUGCAUUCAUUACUCUAGGUAAAUUGUGUUUGCAGCAUGAGGAUCUGGCCAAGAAAUGCAUCGCAGCUCUAGCUCGAGAGCUGGAGGUGUCCCAUGACGUGGCUGUUCGCAAUAACGUUGUCAUCGUCAUGUGUGACCUCUGUAUCCGCUACACCACCAUGGUGGACAGAUACAUCCCCAACAUUUCCUUGUGCCUGAAGGACCCGCAUCCCUUCAUUCGUAAGCAGACGCUGAUUCUGAUCACCAACCUUCUGCAGGAAGAGUUUGUGAAAUGGAAGGACUGUCUCUUCUUCCGUUUCAUUAGUGUCUUGGUGGAUCCAAAUCCAGAUAUUGCCAGGUUUGCAGAGUUCUGUUUGGUGCAUCUCUUGCUGAAGAGGAAUCCAGUGAUGUUCUCUCAGCAUUUCAUCGAGUGCAUCUUCCAUUUCAAUAGCUAUGAGAAGCAUGAGAAGUACAACAGGUUCCCACAGAGUGAGAGGGCAAAGAAUCUCUUCUCUCUGAGAGGAAAAGAUAACAGAGAAAAAAGGAUGCAUAUCUACAAGUUCCUACUGGACCAUUUUACUGACGAACAGAGGUUCAGCAUUACAACAAAGAUCAGCCACAGUGUCCUAGCAUGCUUUGUGGAUGGGGUCCUUCCAUUGGACCUGGAAGCCAGUGAGCUGCUCUCAGAUACGUUUGCUAUCCUUAGCUGCAAAGAAAUCAAGCUGUCAACUAUGAGAUCAAAACCCGAUGAAGACAUUCAGCCUGAUGAAGAUGAAAUGGCAAUGGCUAAUGCUGUCAUGCAGGCAGCACAAAAGAAACUCAUCUCACAGGUUCAAAAGAAGAAUUUCAUAGAAAACAUCAUCCCAAUAAUCACUGAGCUGAAAUCCUUGAUGGAGCAGAAGAAGAUCCCAGCUCUUAGGGACCUUAUGAACUACUUACGGGAAAUGAUGCAAGACUACCGAAAUGAAAUCAAAGAAUUCUUUGCUGUGGACAAGCAGCUGGCAGCCGAACUGGAGUAUGAUAUGAAGAAGUAUGAAGAGCAGCUGGACAAGGAGAAGUCAGACCAGGAGCAUAGCUCACCAUCACGGGCAGAGCAGCUUCCAUCUUUGGAGAUGCCCUUACCUUCUGGUGGCCGGAGCGAUAACGCCCACUCCCCUGUGAGUGGGAGGCAGCCCUCGUCCCCUGGGUCCCUUCCUUCCUCUGUGCCUUCUGAGUUUGCUACACCUAGAGCUGAUGUUCCAAAGCAGCCUUUAUAUGGUCACAGGCCAGCAUCCUUGAGCACACUUGCCAUCCUGAACUCUGCCUGGAAAGCAGUAGAGGCCAGAAGCAAGCAACGCAGCAAGAGCGCUGGGGGAAGUUUAUCAGCUCGUUCACUUCCACCAAGCACAGCCAACAGCAAGCAAGCUUCUUUUCGAAGCGUGAAUCAGUUGUCUACUGGAGCACACGUUCCUGUGGGGGGCCGUGCAAUCAGCACACCAGAACAGACCAUGAAUGACUUGACUUUUGGCACUGGGGUCAGUUACAUCAGCUUGACGCACACACCUGGCUCGGCUCAAGAGAAGAAAGACGCCGAGGAGCAGCCAGGAGAUAUUAUCUGUUUGACAUCACCAGAGAAACUCCCAUCCGUGCCACGGGAGUGGAAAGUAGAAUCCCCAGCAAGGAGGAAAAGCAGCCGGAACGUCCCUCCGAGAAGGGCCCAGUGGAGAACUCCUCUGAAACCAGAAAACUGAUCCUUUCAAUGAACUUUUGUACAGAACCUUCAUCAUGUUUUGGGAAAUCUGUCCUUUUACUGUGUAAUGACAAAUCACUGUGGACAAGUGUCCUGCCUGCCUUGCCUGUUUUUGUUUAGAUUUUACAUGAGGUUGUCUGGAGUAUGGUAUGGACAAGCAAAGUCUGUGUUAACAUAUAUUAUAAGCUGCUGUUGUCGGCAAAGCACACUGAAGUGCUAGAAAGCUCUAGUAUUAAGGGAGGGCUUGCUGUUCACUCACAGGAUGUGUAAUUUGUCCAUUUGGGAAAGUAAGAGCAUAAUGUUGCUACAGUCUUAGCAAUAAAUGCGUUUAUCGCAGCGUGCAGGGAAGUGAGUGGCUGGGCUUAUUCACUUGGUCCCUCAUUGUCCCUCUUGGUGAUACACUCAAAUUGCUUUAAUUGGAACAAAGGUAGAACAGCUUGUCACUACCACGCCCCUGGAUCUGGUAAUUGCAUGCUACAUCACCUCUUAUUUGUUGUGCAGACUCCUGUGUGUGUGUGAACAACCUUCGUGUUCUUUCAUACGGAAUAUUUCCGUUCUUGAGCUAUGCUAUUUCCAAUUAGUAAGAUUUUAUGAAAAUAAAUGGUUAUAGAAUUAAUUCCACCCACAACUUCUCCCUUCUUGAUUUGACAGAAAUUAUUAAAGCAGGAUGUGAGUAACUCUCUAAAAUCAGGGUUGGUAAGUCAUAUACGUAUGUAGCUUUGUGCUCUGGCCAGAGGCCUUGUUUAUCAUAAAUGUGCCUUGUAUUUACCCAGUACUUACUGGGUUCUGAGCACUCCUGCCUCCCUCUGAUGCCAUGUAAACCUAACUCAAGGCUUUUCAGUUGCUAACUUUUAUUACAGAGCUCUUGCCCUGGAUUUCAUCGCAACUGGAAAAUGGAACCUGUAGUGUGAGUGCUGAUUUGGCUUAGUACUAGGGCAGAUCACAGGACCAGGGUUGGCUUUUCUGCACAAAUGGAGACAGAGGCUGAGCAUGUCUGUGCCACAGCCCUUCCUGAGGCACUUACCUUCUGCACUGCAAUCUCAUUGUCCUCCCCUUCCCUAUUUUAUUUUAAAGAAUAGAGAAGCCUUCAAGUGAGGUUAAACUUUAUUCUCAAAAUCAAAGUAAAAACCUAAGGAGAUGCAUGGAAUGGCUUUGGCUUAAGCAAUGGUUAAUUAUGGCCACAUUCAUUUAUUUUGUCCUUCUUUUCCUGCAAUAAAAGGUUACCUUACAUAUGAAGUGGUUAACUUACUCAGAUUCCAAUUUUAUUUCCGAAUUUAUGCCUUCUAGCUUUUGCUCUGUCCCAGAGCAGCACGAAGAUCAGCCCUGCGAGCAUUGAUCUGUCUCCUAUAGAAAGAACCAAGGACCCACAACUGCCCCAGAACAAACUGAACAGUAACGUGCCUUGGACUUCCUGCAGCCCAACUCAAGUGAGUGCUCAGAGAAAACACUUCUCUUCCACUGCCUUCAAAGCAGAAGCCUGCAAUUAGAUUAUUU